AUGUGGCUGUGGUUUAUAAAUAAAAUAAUUAUUAUUUUUAAUUUUAUUAAACAUUUAUUGUUUUUUAAUAAUAAAUUAACUAAGUCAAAUGUUUUAUAUCAUAGUAAUAAUUAUUUGAUAAUUAAUAAACCUUAUGAUAUGGUUGUUAAUAGUAAUGAUGUUACUGUCAAGAAAACUCUAGAAAAUGAAUUAAAAAAAAUUUUUCCAUCUUUAGCAAACCCUUCAUUAAAAAAUGGAUUUUAUUUUGUACAUCGUCUUGACUUUCCAACAAGUGGAGUAAUUUGUAUAGCAUUAAAUAAAAAUGCAGCACGUGCUGCAUCAACAGCAUUUGAAAAAAGACAAGUCAAAAAAUAUUACUUGGCAUUAGUUCAUGGGCAUAUUGAUGAAUCACAUUUGAUAAUAAAUAGACCGAUAGGUCAAGAUACCAGAGAGAUUUUUGGUAACAAAAAAAUGUGUACAAGCGAUGAUGAUCAUUGCAUAAAGCCUCGCGAUAGCUCUACGCUAUUACUGGUACUAGAAAAAGGAUUUUGUGAUGGAAAACCAGCUACUAAAAUUUUAUUACGGCCAAAUACAGGUCGGAGACAUCAAUUAAGAGUACAUUGUUGUUAUAUUGGUCAUACUAUUAUCGGCGAUUACACUUACAGCGAUCGCAAAGAUUUAAAACCUUAUAGGACAUUUUUACAUUCUUUUAGAUUAGCCUUGGACAGUGAACUUGAAAAAUUUGAUGUUCAAACAUCAGAUCCUUUUAACAGCAAUUAUUAUUUUAAUAAAUGGGUACCUAUUAAUUUUAUAUAUACUUUAGAUAGUAAUACUUUUGAUACUAUAGAUAAAUUAUUAUGA